GGUUUGAAGAGUGGAGGGCUGAAGAGUGCUGUGAAUUUUGUUUCGUUUAAAUUUUUGCGAUUAUUAAUAUAAAUUUUAAUUCAAAGAAUUACAUACCCCGUCGGAUUAUAAAUUUGUGAUAUCUAAUUACCUACGUACCCGUCUUUAUUCUCUAUAUUAAAAUAAAUUUGGCAGUAUUUCUGAUUUCGCACUUCGCAGCGAAGCUGACAGAUCUAAUUGGCGUUGUAGACCGAUUUUAGGUUAUAACGCAUAUUCUAUUACUCUAGCAUAUUCUAUUAGUAAUCUUUUUGUAUUUGAUUAAAAUGGAAAGUAUGGACGUAGCCCAAGAAGGAGCAUCGGCAGCAACUUCUCCUACACAGGAAAAUGGGCCUGAUGCGAAGGUUACAGCGGAAGAAAUGACAUCAAGGGACUAUUAUUUUGACUCAUACGCUCAUUUUGGUAUUCAUGAGGAGAUGUUAAAAGACGAAGUGCGAACACUAACAUAUAGAAACGCUAUGUGCCAUAAUAAGCACUUGUUCAAAGGAAAGACGGUCCUGGAUAUUGGCUGUGGGACUGGAAUACUCUCAAUGUUUGCAGCAAAGGCAGGUGCUGCAAAAGUGAUUGCAGUGGAGUGUUCCAAUAUUGUUGACUAUGCUCGUAAAAUUGUUGAAGCAAAUAGACUUAGUGAUAUUAUAGAAAUUGUUAAGGGGAAGGUAGAAGAAGUAGAGCUGCCUGUUGAUAAAGUAGAUAUUAUAAUUUCUGAAUGGAUGGGCUACUGUUUGUUCUACGAGAGCAUGUUGGACACAGUGCUGUUUGCUAGAGACAAGUGGCUCAAACCUGAUGGAAUGCUCUUCCCUGACAGGUGCACACUGUUUAUCUGCGGCAUUGAAGACCGUCAGUACAAGGAUGAGAAGAUUAACUGGUGGGAUGAUGUGUACGGUUUUGAUAUGUCUUCCAUUAGGAAAGUGGCGAUAUCAGAGCCUCUUGUUGAUGUUGUUGAUGCAAAACAGGUGGUGACAAAUUCUUGUCUGCUGAAAGAAAUAGAUUUGUAUACUGUCAAAAAGGAGGAUCUGAACUUUGAAGCAAAGUUCAAUCUUCAGGUACGUCGCAAUGACUUUGUCCAAGCAUUGGUGACAUUCUUCAACGUGGAGUUCACUAAGUGUCACAAACGCCUCGGGUUCAGCACAGCUCCGGAAUCACCAUACACUCACUGGAAACAAACAGUCUUCUAUUUUGAUGAGUACAUGACCGUGAAAAAAGGAGAGGAGAUAAUGGGCGUGUUCUCCAUGCGACAGAACGCGCGCAACAACCGCGAUCUCGACUUUGAAGUGGAGAUCAGCUUUAAAGGGGAACUCUGCCAGGUGCAGGAGAAGAACCACUAUCGGAUGCGUUGAUAUCACCUCACCUCACUGACACCGACAUACACCCAAAUCAGAAGAUUCUUAGUAAUAAUGGGCUCGUGACAGCUUUCAUCUGGUUUGUCUUCUUGAGGUUGUUCAAUCAAAAUAAUAUUUCAAUUUAUGUACUGCAUCACCUUCCAUUCGGCUAUCCUCAUUCUAUUGUUAAUUUUUAGCAAAAUGUUAAUUUUGGAUUGAAUUCCAUAGUAAAAACCAAUACGAAACAGUUAAUUUCAGACAUGUUAAAAAUAAAUUGUUCAUUUAAACUUGGAUGACCUAUUUUAUGCAAAGAUGUUUUAUCCAUGUUAAAUCAUAUAUAAAAAAAAAACAAUAAUAAUACAUUGAACUAUGUGAAUAAAUUAUUAUUUAUUCCUUCUUGAUAUAACUCCUAAAAAUAUUAAUACUUGGAAUCAAAUUUUAUCAAUAAUUUCACUACCUUUACUUAAAUUUCUUAAAAAAAACGUACGCAGUUUUUAUUGAAAUUUAACUUGAAAUGAGAAAUUUGUGUUUGUACCAAUUUAAUUUAUAAACAAUGAAAUUAAUAAAGACAUUGACACAUUAUUUUUGAUAUAAUAAUUUCUGUUGUGAGGCUUGUUUUGCUAAUUAAGUCAUUGCAUUGAUAUACUUAACAAUGAGCAUUUCCAUAACAACUAAAAUAUUUAUAAUCACCAUAAAAAUACUCUUUAUACUUAGGCUGACAUCUAUAGAAUGUACUUAGACUUUCCUCAGAUUUUACUUACGUAAAACUAAGCUGAGUUUGAUAAAACACAAACUAGACUUUGACACUGGAUUUGCUUUAAGCUCAGUAUAAUUUCAGCUGUUAAAUGGCUAAAAAGAGGAAAAUAGACUAUGCUAAGCUAACACUCAGCUGAGUUUUACGUAAAGUCAGAGGAAAGUCUUUGUAUGUUCUAUAGCUGUCAGCCUCAGUGGCCUACUUCAGUAUGACAUUUGCUAAAGUCACAAUAGAAAGAAUAGAACAGUGGGAAGUGUUUUAUGAUAUUAAAAUUGAUUGACAAACAUUAACCGUAAACAAAUGAUUGUAAAAUAUGUUUUAAACAUGUUAUGAAGACAAACUUCUUUUUAAUAUACCAAAAUAUUUUUUUAGUAUGUAUCAUUCAGAGAACAAUAACAGAAAGAGUAGAGUAGAGUUUACAUUCUGAAUAUUAUUCUACUCUAUCAAAAAUAAAAUAUUCACAUCUCUCGCAAUGUUUUGAAAGUACAUUAUGUAGAAUGUUUGCGACAAGAUUGAUAGAAACUAAGCAUUCAUGUAGCUAAGAUGUUAGAUUUAAGUAAUGUAUCUGUGCUUUUGUGUAAGAAUGGUAUGAGUAUUUUGUGAGUUCAAAACCUCGAUCAACAAUUAUAGAACCAACUUAUUAUUGAGAUCACUUUGAACAUACAAUUAGGUUAUCAAUCAUUAGAUGAAUGUGUUACAAUAUCAGCUUUAUCAGUUUUUACUUUCAGUAAUGAUAAAAUGAUUUUUGUAGAUUUCUAAGACUUAUGUUUUCACUGAUAAACUGUUUCAUUUCUAAGAUGAGACAAGCAAAACCUAUUUUCCUACUUUAACUCCAUGUCCAAAAAUAUAAUCCUUUAAAGCACCCCCAUCUUUUCAUCAACAAAUUACUUAAUAUGCGGAGUAACUACUAAGUUUUAAUUUUAGUUUUUUUAGGUUAUCACAUGCUAUAGUGAAUUAUUUCCACAAUUACUUGCGUAUUAACCAUUGUUUGUAAUCUGGUAUUUUUAUUGCUAAUGCAGAAAGAUUGAGGUAAUAUUUUGUUAUAAUUUAUUUGUAUGAUUGUUUCUCCUGGUGGCCGAAACAUAGUUGAACGGCCUGCAUCACUAUUUACCAAAACUUAUUGUACCUGACCAAUUUUCCGCAAACUUUACUUAUAAUUCAUAAUUGUUGAUUGAAGGUCUUGUAGACUUAUUAUCUGUGAUGUCAUUGUUCACUUAGGAUAUUAUAUAUACAAAUACAAAUCUCUUUUGUUGUCUGAUAAAAAAAGUUUCUUUGUAGAAACUUUUUGGACAAAUAACGUUUGUAUAAGGUCAACCACUUUGAUUGAAGCUGCAAUAUUCUCAAGGAAAGCUUACGACAUGAGCCAUGUUCAAUAAAAAAAAUUCAGUAUUCAAAAUGAUUGUGGACGUACAAGUUAGGUACUGCUAGGACACGGUAUGCAAAUGACAAGAGAUUUCUGUGAAGUUCACCAAAUUAAUUUUGUAAUAAGUUUAAAAAUGUGUAUGAGGAGUAAAUUUGAACAAUCUUGC